CUUAAAAUGGAGCGCCGUCGGCAGGACGAUUCUCAGUUAAGCGGUCUCUGUUCGUACGGUCGGUUCGAUUGGCAGCGGAAAAAACACACCUAGUUGAACGGCUGAGUGUUAAACGGCGCGGGUUGUACCCUCGGAACACACAUUCACCGAGCUGUCAAACAAUUGGAUUCGCGUGAACAGGAAACCGCUCUGAUUCUUCAGUGCUGCCAGACUUCCGGCGAUAGUUCCGAGAGGUGCUUCGGUCUCGGUCACAGGUCGGUGCCAACAGUGCUGGUUGCAAGAAUACAGGGAGCGCAUAAGGCAACACCAAAGUGAACCGUGACGUGGGGGUUUUCCGUGCCAGUUCCCUGCUCUUCCGUGCUCGCGUGAAUGCGCACAAGGGGUGGAAAAGUUUGUUGUUUUUUUUUUUGUUUUGCUUUCGGAAGGACAAUCGGUAAUACGGUGUGCGACCCGAGACCCUGUGAGAGUGUGAGCGUUCGUGGAAAGUGGAACUCCUGUGACAGUGUGUGUUUUUGUGUGCUAAAUGGACGUAUUUUUUUUUUUGGUUUGCCUCUGCUCGUUUGUGUUGCGUGUUCGCUCCGUGUGUUAUUGUUUCUUGACGCGACCGGAAAAAGGAUGUAACGCGCCCCUCGCUACGUCCUCAAUAGCUCAAUAGCCGAAUCCUGGCGUAUAGAAAGCACCGCUGAACAAUCAAAUUUGACGUUCAUGUUUUGCUACCAUUUUGACAGAUUAAAGUUGACAGAAAGUGUACAGUAGAGAAGUCAUCUUCUAAGUAAUUAAAAGCACCUUCACCUUUAUGAGAGAGGUCCAAUCGAUUAUUCUAGACCCUUUGGAACGAACAGACCAUACACACCCAACCUUGUGCUUGUUCUGCAAAGAGCAAGGUUAAGAUGACUUCAGAACCAUGCCAAGCUAAAAAGUGAUGAGGAUUGCCAUCCAACCUCGAACGAGUGUAAUUGUGAACGAGAAAAGAAGCAGAAGUGGAAAGAAAAAAAUCCAUCCAUCGAGUUUUCCACUUGCCGCCGUGCCAGCAGCAGCAACCGAGAGGGAUUCGUGGAAGUCAGUGUUCAACAUCUAGCAUCUGCCAGAGACACAGAGUGCGCAAACACCGGGACGAUACGGUCACACAGCGGAGACACGUCCACCAGGGUGUAUAUACCCAGGCAGCAGGCAAAAGGAACGGGGCACGAAAACUUAUUUGAGGACAUUGCCUUGUAAGUUGGGCAGCGAUAUUGGAAAGGUAACCAAACAACACCUACAGGAGAAUCGAUUUUGUUCCACCACCGACAACGAGGGAAUCGCUGAACAGUUGCUGCUUCUACUGCUGCUGCUGCUGCUGCUAAUCGAUCGAUAAUGACAAAAUAACAACGAACGAAGCAAGUGUACGGUACACUGCCCCUACACGGUUGGAACUGAAAGACGCCUAAGGUCAAGGGCUGCGUCGAGAUUACGUCCGUAUGUACGACGAAAGGCAACGAAACUGGAACACUAAACAAUACAACUCUCGCACGUCAGUAUCCGUCAGAAGAACGCCAGUACCAGCGCUGCAAAGAAGAACGGUUCCGUAAACGGUGACAGUGAGAAAAAUAAAGCAGCACCGGCACCACCGCAUCCCCCAUCCCUGCCCGGUAAGCAUGUGUUCCCGAAGCAGCAAUACGUCCCGAGGGACAACUUCUGUCAUGGUCCUUGGAGUACUGCUCGUGCUCCUCACACUAGCCACGAAUCGAAGCCUUUGCAGUGUAGCACCACAUCCGGCCACCAUUAGCGUUACCUCCAGUGAGCCCACAUCCAGCAGUAGCAGUAGUCUCACCGCUAGCAACCUCACCGACCGAACACAUCCGAAUCCACCGGAUGAGCCGGACGUUACAACGGUACGCACGACACCACCGUCAGCGGGACCGGGACGUACAGACACCGCGACGACGCAAAGCGAACAGCCACCGGUACCGCCCGAAGGUCAGAUACCGCUGGAACGGUUGCCCUCCAACACGCUGCUCAAGUACACCGCCUACAAGGACGUCUCGAUACUGCACUUUCGCAUACCGACCGACACCCGUACGGCCUUCUUUAGCUUUAAGGCUUACGAGGAAUCCAAAGGUGCCUUCCAGCGCAACUGCAAACCGAACGAUAUUACGCUGCACCUGAAAGCGGGCAGCUAUCCGGUCAUCAGUCCGGAAAACAUCACAUUCCCGAAGCAUUUCCUAGACGCGGAGGAACGAUUUGAAAUCCACAGCCUACAGUUCAAGUCGGACAGCACAACACGCCGGCUGAGCAUUGAAGGACCACAUCCUGGCAACUGGUUCGCCGUGGCAUUCAUCAGCUGGACCGAUCCGAAUAACGAGCGAAUAGAGCAGCAAGGUCUUGCUGCCUCCUGCGAAACAUUGCUGAUGUCCGAGAUGUCCAUAACGAAUGCACUGCCACAGAUGCUUAACGUGGAUGUGCGUCACGAGGGUACACUUGCCGCUGACCAGCUGGAACCCAAAUCCUUCAAGUUUUUCGUCCCGAGCAACGUGUCGAUCGUAACGUGGCGCUUUUCCAUCACGCAGCCCUGCGCGAACUGUACCGAUGUUAGCUUUCAUGUGCAGGCGAGCGCAUUGCCAACGUCGCGAAACUAUCUGCAGAAUGCCAUCAUCUGUCCGAACCAAACCGGUGACGUAAGCAUUGAUUUCUAUCCUCACGAAAGUGCCUGGCAUUACGUGGAUAUGGAUUUUAUGCGUGAAAAUCCACCCAAUAGUAGCGGUACCAUUGUGGCUGGGUUUCACCCCAACGAUACGAUCAGUACGGACACCACAAAUCAAACCGAGGAAAGAAAGAAGGAAGGUCCAACGAGUGUUCCAGAAGCGCAGGCGUUAGUGUAUACCGUGGAGCUAAUCUAUCACGCACAUGAGAGUGUACCAGGUGCAGCGUCUACGAUGACUCCGUCCACCGAGGAACCUACCCCGGAAAGUGUCGAUUCUGCCGAUGAAGGUGAUACAUUGGCGGCAGACACCAAGUCACUGCCGAAUCGAAGCUUCGACCGCUAUCCCGUGCUGCGACAAACGUAUCGCGAGUUCUUCAUGUUCGACUAUGACCUGCUGCCGGAUGUGAAUGGUACUGUGCCGGUUACGCUGAACCUUACCGCCGGCAUACCCGCGCUGAUGAAGUUCGACGUUAACGAUGUGUACGACAUUGGUGGUACGCUCAGCUUUGCCGUUGCCAUGCGGCAGGAUCUUAAGGGCAGUUUGAUCGAUGCACGGCACGAAUCGACCAACGAACAUGCCGGUGUGGUGGCAGAGAAGCUGAUCGAUAUACAGGAAGAAUUCGUACCGGAGCUACCAGCAGCAACGACAAUCACCACCACAACGACAACGUCCACCACCACUACGACGACCACGAUGGCGCCAAGCACUACCGAGGCGGAGAAGACCAAACAAAGCGCCGGCAAAGCCAACCAAACGGUUAUCGUGUGUUUGCGGCUCGAGGAGCCUGGUAUACCUACGUGGCCAGACAAGUGCGUGUAUGGACGGCACAUCUAUCCGGCCGCAAUUGUCAUCAACAAUACGGAUGCGGACACAAACACAGGAUUGGUGCACGUUCCUUUCCCCGAACCGGGCAGUUGGUACGUCACGCUGGGUCUCUUCUGUCACGGAUCGGAAGCAACUGCACGAUCGACAAUCAUCGACAGCGUAAAGGACUUUGUGCGAUCGUACCGCUCCACGCUGGAAGCAAUGCGUCCACCAUGCUCCUGUACCGAUCGUUUGAGUUACUAUCGUAGCUGCCUAGCGGAUGACGCAUGUUUGAGUGUGCUAAAUGAAACAGAAACGCUCAAAAUUAAGGAGUGCAUCAUGGAUGCCAAGUGCACCGGCAGCCGGUCGGAUGAGAUGGCGCGCAAGUUUGAACUGCAUCACAAGUACGCCACGGAACAGAGCGUACAGGGUGGAGUUGCCGAUGCGACGUGUAAUUCCAGCGUAGUCUUCACCAUCUCCUCCAGUCCGUGCGUGGCUGGACGGUGUGGACGGUUCGGACGAUGCUAUCACUACAUGUCCGGUGGGUUCGUCUUUUCCACGUGUCUGUGCCUGCGUAACUAUCGUGGCUGGGACUGUACCGAAGACUCCCAGGUACCGUCGAGCGCUUCUAUCCUGCUCGCCUCCCUGAUGCUGACACUGUCCAAUCUUCUCUUUCUGCCGAGCAUCUUCUACGCCGUCAAGCGUGGCUACCACAGUGAAGCGAUCAUCUACUUCUUCGCCAUGUUCUUCUCGGCGUUCUAUCAUGCGUGCGAUUCGGGCGAAGAGGAGUUUAGCUUCUGUUUGGUGAAGAUAGGCGUACUGCAGUUCUGUGACUUUUACUGCGGUCUGCUCGCCAUCUGGGUAACACUGAUCGCCAUGUCCAACAUUCGCCAUCAGUUCGUGUCACUGUUGCACAUGCUCGGGGCAAUCCUGUUAGCGUUCGGGACCGAGCUUAACAAGCAAUCGCUUUGGGUGUUUCUGGCACCGGCCCUCACCGGCAUCUGUCUCAUCUCCGUCAGCUGGGGUUUACGCUGCCGGAAGACGAAGCGAUGUUUCCCAGCCCGCAGCUAUCUGGCACUGUACCUACCGAUCGGUAGCGUACUCGUGAUGGUCGGAUUGGUCUGCUUUGCCUUUCUCCAGACGAAGCAAAACUAUCACAUCGUCCACUCGAUCUGGCACAUGGUGAUGGCGCUCAGCAUCCUCUGCCUGCUACCGGACCGCAAAACGUUUCACCCAAAGUGCUAGCAUACGGUGAGAAUCUACCUGCUCAACUCGGGCUCACCCUCCACGUCGACACAGUCCCAAUCGUCCAGCUCGAUGUCGACGUCCUCCACCACGUCGUCCUGCUCUACAGCGGCAACUGCUGCAAACAUCACCACUACGACUAGCUCCACCUCGGCUGUGAUAUCUCCGUCGUCCCCGGUGGCAACCCCCUGUACGGUGUCUACGAUCACCGACGGCCAGGGUACGAUCAUGCGCAAACACCCCUGCACGAUCCAAUCGGUCGAGGAGCAAACCCCCAUUGCAGCACUGCCUACCGUACCGUAGUAAUGCUAAUUGUUAUCACCGACGUUAUACCCUGGCACACUGAAGCACUCGUGCACGAGAUGGCGCCGCCGGCGCUCAACUAUCUAGAGAAGAACACUUGUAGUAUUAUUGGUCAACAGAGCACUAACACCACAUUCCCCAACCGUUUGAUGUUUUCCCUUGUCCCAUGGUACUAGAUAGAUGGAACGGAAAUGCGAAGAUGGUUCCUGCCUUUCGACUCCUUUCUUCUCGAUAUGAUGUGAUUGUUACAUCUCGUGUUUUUGUCUGCCUAGGUGUAUGGAUGUAUGUCUAAGUGUAUGUUUGUGUGUGUGUGUGUGUAUAAGUGUGCUUGGAAGAUAGGAGCGGCAGGUGUUGCUAGCUAGCUACUUACUAGUAUAUACGUACGCAGAGACGUGAUCAUUUUAGCUCAAAUCCGUGUGAUUCUCGUCCACAUUCCGUGUUAGUAUGUGGGUGGUGGCGAUCCCGUCGAUGUCAAAGAAGCUGUGGAGUCGAUGGAACAACUAAUAGACCGAAGAAAGGAAAGAAAUAUUCUCGUACUCACAACACUAUAUUUAAGGGGCUGAUUUACACCGAUCAAUCGACCAUUGUUUGAUAAAUUCAUACGUGCCUUGCUGUAGUAGAAGUGAAGAACCGGAAACCCUGAACAGAGUUGCGAAACACGUCGAAAUAUCGAAGCCUUUUUUUGGGAAGGGUUUUGGGAAGAAUGCAUCGAAAACUAACACGCGGUACUAGGUAAGUACACGCGCACACUAUUAACCCAAAACGCAGCUCAGUACGGGAUGCUGCCGGUUUAAAAGCUUUUACAUCUCCAACUUCUGGUCGUUGUUCAUCCAAAUUUGUAAAUGGUAUAUUUUUCCGUUCUUCUUCUUCUUUCUGUUGCGUUCCGACUUGAUACGAUGCACCACGUUUUCGUACACAAUUUUGCGCACAACCUUCAAACCAUUAGGGAACUAAAGAAAAACAAAACAGAACAAAAAAGAAAUAAAGUAAUGAUUAUGCUAAGGAUACGGAAAUAACAAGAAAGCAGAUAAAUUAAUCUAACUUUACCAGUAGUGAACGUGUGUUGGGCAGGAAGAGGAUACAAAGGAUAAGAGAGACAAGAGCUACUAUUUACUAUGUCUGCUACAGUGACAAAUUCUCGGAAAGUUCGCAUGUCCAAAAGCAUAGGAAACAAAAUGCACACAUUUGAUAAACAUAACAAAACAAACAAGAUAAUUGCAAACUAGCAAAAGUUAGUACCGUGAACACAAACUUGCCAGCCACCACUUCACUCUACUGCAACGUUGCUGCUCGCCCAAUACUGAACUACUUUCGUAUGGAGUCAAUAUAGCCGGAUAGGGACACAUUUCACGUCACUUUACAGCUUAACGAAUAAGAACUUACGAACCAUUUACUGAACAAACAAACAAACGGCCCCGGUUAGGAAUAUUUUGUGGGAAGUUAAUUUAUACCUAACAGAAAAGUAUAGCAAAACAAACGCAAAGUAAAAUACGGUGAACAAAAUAGCAUGUAUGACAUGCCAAUCAAUGGUUAGGUUCUAAAAGCAUCGAAAGUUAAAAGGACGGCUCUUGUGUUUAGUAAUUUAAUGGUAUCUUUUAUACUGGCAAUAUACUACAUUCGUAACGUAAUUACACACAACAGUUACCAGGGAUUGUGAAUCCGCUAUAUAAAAGCUAAUUUAUCACAUCAAUUGCAACCAGUUUCCAAACAUCAAUAUGUUCCUUUUUCGUUACAAAGAAAAAAGAAACACGCAAGCAGAUACGACUUUCGUCAAAUGAAAAGCAAUUGUUAAGACUGCAACCUUCAAACGUGUGUUCGCUGUUCUGCGGUUUACUUUCGACUGUACAUCACCAGCCACCAGCCAUCGAUCCUCACUCACGUGGUGCUACAGAAUAUGUGCGCGAACUGAGGCUAUCUUAUAUGACAGUACGUAACGUUGUGUUUGUUUUUAAAAAGUUGAUAAAUUUGUGAAAAACAAAACUAACAAAUGAAAUACCAAAGCUAUCGCCUCCGAUUACGUCUAGGGCGAUUACAAUAGGACACGAAUGGAUAGAUGUAAAAAUGUAAUGGAAAGCGGGGGUAAAGAAAACUUUCUCUUGCACUUUCAGUUUUAAAAAACACGGCUCAUGGGAAAAAUGAAACUUUGCACAACACAACUCUCACCUAACACACGAAUUCAAAGCAAAUGAACUAAAGAAAUGAGCUGAUACUAAAGCAUGACCCUAUGCCUCGCUGUACGGGCUUCAUUCAUUCCAAUACCAUUCACAUUCCAAUGUUUUCAGUAUUUGGUUGAAUGAUAAUUGUUAUCAAUUUUCAUCCAAAUUGUAGAAAAGGCUGUUGUUACCCUAUAAUUCUAACAUAGAUUUAUUUAAUUUUCCACUAAUUUCCCAAUAGUCAAGGACCACAAAAAGAAUUUAUAUUGCCGGUCACCAAUUUUUUAAAUCUUAAAAUUUUAGCUUGAGGUCACUCCAGCACACAUUACGUGGUGCGAUUAAUCCAUCUUAGUUAUUAAUUGAAAGAUUUAUGCAACGAAACCCGUAUUUGAAACCACC